AUGGGGAGACUAGGAGACCCAGCUGCAGCCCUCGGGCUCCCUGUGCUCAAUACACAUCUCACCAAUACCAAGUCCACCGAGACUUUUCAGUUCAUCCAAGCAUGCCUAGAUGAGUGCAGUGCGCAUGAUUGCAAGUCUCCUCUUCGAUUGGAGACUUCGCAGUCCGCUCCGUCUCGACUUCUGGACGUCGACAACACAGUCCGUCUCAUCGAUGUUGGGAACGUCUGCCCUCCCUACGUAGCCCUGAGCCACUGCUGGGGCACCAAUCUGUCAAAGUACAUGACUGUCUGGGCGAAUUUGGCGCAGAAGAAAACUGGCAUUGAUUGGAAUGCUUUGACACUAACGUUCUGCGACGCUAUCGAGACCACUCGCCGUCUGAAGUUGCGCUACAUCUGGAUCGAUGCCCUGCAAAGAAGACUGGGCCAGUGA